UUCCAGAUUGGUUGUGUCUCGUGCCAGGGUCGUGUCAAUCCGUUCUCUACGAAAAUCCUCAUCAGAACAUCAACAAUAAAUUUCGGCAGGAAUCAUGGUGUCCCGAAGCUGCACUACACUGUUGCUGGUUUCACUGGCAAUGUUUGGAUCCAGCGUGCUCGCCAGACCCGGUUAUGCUGUGGAUUAUUAUGAUCACCCGAAAUAUGCCUUCAACUAUGGAGUGGCGGACCACACGACGGGAGACGUGAAGUCACAGCAUGAAACCCGCGACGGCGAUGUAGUGAAAGGUCAGUACUCGCUGGUGGAACCGGACGGCUCCGUCCGAACCGUCGAUUACACAGCUGAUCCGAUCAAUGGAUUUAAUGCUGUCGUUUCGAAGACCGCCCCACUGAUCCACCAUCACGCCCCCGCACCGGUGGUGAAACACAUCAAGGCGUACGUACCGGCGCCGGUUCCCGUGCACAAAGUGGUCUACGCUCCAGAACCCGUUGUGCAUGUGACCAAAACCGCCCACUACACCGAACACGAGCCCGCCUACAGUCCGUAUGCGGAUUAUCACGACGGAUACUAUGGUCACUACGAUGAUAGCCAUUACUACUAACUUCCGUUUGGCCGCUGCCAACCAUCGUACGGGGAUGCGACCGUCGUCAUCUUAUCUUCAGAUCAUCACAGGAUUGAAACGGUAAAUCGAAACAAGUGCACUAGUGUCAGUUGCGUCCGAAAAGCUCCGUUGCCUCUCUCCACACUCCUCCAAAGUGCAGCACUGGGUCGAGGUCAUCGCAGAACCCUGCUCUCUAUCUUUGAACCGCGAAGUGCAACAAAAAUUAAGCUAGAACUAAGCCGUUAAUUUGUACUGUUACGAGUAGGUUUAAGCAUUCUAGCCCGCAUCUUGUCUUACCAUUCAUAUGUAAAUAUGUGAAAUUAUUCUUAACUUAUCUUUCCCUUCACCUGAUCUCCCAGUCGAUAACUUUUAUCAAUCUUUUAAUUAAUAACCAACUCAACUCACGGAUAACUUAUUCACCUAAACAGUACUUGAUUACGAUGAAGGUACAUUUCAAGCUAAUUCCAUCUAUCCGUAAUUUUCCGAACAUUCUUCUGUCGAAUCAAUUAUUUCUUUUAUCACAGAUUACAGAUUCUUCGUUUCAACUACGUCAUCCUAACGAACUCAAUGUUGUAUAAAAUAAGUACAAUUCCAGUUGAUAAAUAGUAAGACGAAAAUUAUAAAAUAUAUUUA